AAAUAGCAUAUGUUGAAGAGUAUUUAGAGAGGAGUUUCCAAGAUUCUCUCCAUCAACAAACGAUAACCCCCCUGUUGUUUAUUUUUGUUAAAGCAAACUCUUUUUGAUUGCUUCCACGUCCUUUUCUCAGCUUAUAUUUAUACUUUUCAUUCACAAAUUUAAUCAAUCUCUCUCUCUACUGUUCUCUCUUUAAUGGGGUUUUGAUCUUUGCUCACAAAACUUACUUGUUUUAAUCAAGAUCAAAACUUUAGUUAUUAUUGUUGAUAAGAGUAAGACUUGUAUAGAUUUGACUUAAAAAAAACAGAGAGAUGUUUUGUUUGUGCAGGGAAAGUGAGUAUGAAGAUUUGUGCCCUUUGCAGCAACCACAGCCCUUUUCUCUUCCUAGUCCUACUCCACAAUGGCCUCAAGGUCAAGGUUUUGGCACAGGACGCAUAAACCUAGGUGAAAUUGAAGUUUUUGAAGUCACCACGUUUGAAAGUAUUUGCAGCAGCUUAGUACGAAAGAAAGAGAAAGGUGUAACAUUUUACAGACCUGUGGGAAUUCCAGAUGGUUUUUACAAAUUUGGUGACUACUGUCAGCCAAAUGACAAGCCACUUAGAGGAUAUGUUCUUGUGGCUGGAGAAUUGGCUGCAGAUAGACAAGAAGAUAAAUCUGCUUUAGUUAAACCUCAGAGUUACAUUUUACUUUGGAGUUCAGACUCCGAAAACGGAGAACAAGUUUUUAUUUGGCAGCCAAGGGCACCUGUAGGUUACAAAGCUUUGGGCUUUGUGGUCACAACUGAACCAAGGGAGCCUGAGCUUGAAGAAGUGAGAUGCAUCCGAGCCGAUCUUACAGAGGAUUGUGAACUGUGUAAUUUGAUGCUCGAUACAGUCUCCACUUUGUCUAGUUACCCAAUUAAGAUUUGGAAUACUAGAUCCUGUGUAAGGGGAAUGUUAGGCACAGGUGUUUCCGUUGGGACAUUUUUCUGCAGUACCUACCUAGAUUCUGGAGAUGACAUGAAAAUUGUUUGCUUAAAGAAUCUUGAUUCCUCGUUACAUGCAAUGCCGAAUUUAGACCAGAUCCAUGCUCUUAUAAAACAUUAUGGACCUACAGUUUUCUUCCAUCCAGAUGAGGCUUACUUACCCUCAUCGGUGGGAUGGUUUUUCAAAAAUGGAGCACUUUUGUAUAGUAAAGAAAAAGCUAAGGGUGAAGCCAUCGAUUCUAGAGGCUCAAAUUUGCCACGUGGUGGAGUAAAUGAUGGGAAAUAUUGGUUAGAUUUGCCAGAUGAUGAUGAGGCACAAGAGUAUAUCAAGAAAGGUAAUAUGGAGAGUUCUUUGCUGUAUGUUCAUGUAAAACCAGCUAUAGGAGGAAGUUUCACUGAUAUUGUAAUGUGGAUAUUUUGCCCCUUUAACGGACCAUCUACUAUAAAAGCAGGACUGUUAAAUUUUGAAAUGAGCAAAGUAGGUGAGCAUGUUGGUGACUGGGAGCACUACACACUCCGUCUCAGCAACUUUACUGGCGAACUUUGGUAUGUUUAUUUCUCAGAACAUAGUGGAGGUGAGUGGGUUGAUGCCAGUUCAUUGGAAUUUAUUGGGGGAAAUAGAGCAGUUAUUUAUUCAGCAAAAAGUGGCCAUGCAAGUUUCCCUCAUGCGGGUACUUACAUCCAGGGAUCUACAAAACUUAAUAUAGGGUUAAGAAAUGACACUGCUCGCAGCAAUUAUCUUAUUGAUUCAAGCACGAAGUAUGAGAUCAUUGCAGCAGAAUAUCUUGGAAAAGGUAUUAUUAAGGAGCCAAAUUGGUUACAAUACAUGAGAGAGUGGGGUCCUACCAUUGUGUAUGACUCACGUUCAGAACUGGAUAAGAUAAUGAACUUUCUUCCAUUUUUUUUCAAAUUAUCUGUGGAGAGCAUAAUAGAAUUGUUCCCGACUGAGAUUUAUGGCGAGGAAGGACCAACAGGACCAAAGGAGAAAGACAACUGGCUAGGGGAUGAAAGAUAAUUGGUUGUAGCAGUGACCUACUGAAGCUACUACUUGUACUGGGAGGGAUCUUCCUCUCGCCAUUUAUUAAAUUGCAGGAAAUUACAGACUGUGGAAAAGCAUAUCGAGAAAAGGUAUUAUAGUAAGUUUGUCAUUGUUUGGAUGUUAAACUAUUGUUGUUGUAGCAUUGUGUGAUUCAGUGGUAAUAUUUGCCAAUGUAUAUAAACGUGAACAUGUUCUUAUACCCCAUUUGUAUGUAUAGAAUGUGAAGCUACAUGGCUUGGAUUGAAUGUUUGUACUAUGAAAGACUUGUGUUAUUACAUGAGUUCAUUGUUUAAAA